AAACAAGCUUACGUCUGUUGAAUAUCGCCUGAAAAAUAUGCAGUUGGAGAAGACUAAAUGCGAGACGGAUGUGCUGAACAAGCUAACAAUCGAAUUGGAGUCGUUGGAGUCUGAACUCAGUGUUAUACCGCCGAAGAUUGAAGAAAUCGAAGAAAGGAUGACAGAAAGGGAAGGAGAGCUCAAAAAGCUUGAGCAGAAAAGUCAUGCGGUUGCGGAUGAGGCGGCACAGCGAGAUGUCACAAGUGCCGAGAAGGCUGUCCUAGCUUUGGAAAGUGCAGUCAGUAGGAAGCAUGCGGAUAGGCAUGGUCUGCUCAAAUCGGCGAAAAUCAAUCAAAUUCAAAUUCCUCUUGUCACUGGCAGUCUGGCGGAUGUUGAUGCUGAGGAAGAUGAAGAAAUGGAUGGUUCCCAGCCGUCGAAUUCCAACAAUCUAUCUCAAGAGCAGAUCGAAAGGGAGUCAAAGAUCAAGCUCAACUAUCGCCAAUUACCGGAAAAUCUCAAGGAUCUCAAAGAUGAAGAGGAAGUAAAGAAACAUGUGGAGAGAAUGAACAAGGAAAUAAGUGAAGCUCAGGCAACUUUAUCACGAUUAAAUGCCCCAAAUCUGAAAGCUAGUCAAAGGAUGGAAGAAGUGAAAGAGCGGGAAGCGGAAACUACCGAAGAAUGUGAAAUGGCGCGAAAGAAGGCACGAAAAAUUCGUGGUUACUUCGAAAAAGUGAAAACGGAGCGUUAUCGCAAAUUUCAAGAAUGCUUCGAGCCCGUCAGCCAGAAAAUAGAUGAGAUAUACAAGGCCCUUUCGCGAAAUGCUAGUGCUCAAGCAUUUUUAGGAGCUGAUAACAUGGAAGAACCCUACUUGGAGGGUAUUCAGUACAAUUGUGUUGCCCCUGGAAAGCGAUUUCGACCUAUGGAUAACCUUUCUGGUGGUGAGAAGACAGUAGCAGCAUUAGCUUUGCUUUUUGCCAUGCAUGCACGCAACCCAUCACCAUUUUUCGUUUUGGAUGAGAUCGAUGCUGCACUUGAUAAUACAAAUAUUGGAAAGGUAUCGUCGUAUAUCUGUGACACAGCUCGAAGUGAUAUGCAGAUCAUAAUCAUCUCUUUGAAGGAGGAGUUCUAUAAUAAGGUACGUAUGUUUGAAUUCUAGAG